CCUGUGACGUCACGCCACGCCUUCCGCGCACGCCUUCCGGACUUGGGAAGGUUUUUUUAACCCAAGCUCCGUGCCGCCUGUUAAAUCCCAUGCGCGCACAGUUGUCAUCAGGACGGACGGCAUGGAGCAACUCUUCUUCCUCGCUUUCUUCUUGACGGUCACGGGACAUUUCUGCGCUUGGGCCUCCGAAGCCGAUGUUUUCAAUUGCGCUGCUCGUAGCUUCCCCUGCAAGGAUGGGGGCCAGGUGCCGCUUUGCCUGAGAUGUGAUGGGAAGCCGGAUUGCGCAGAUGGCAGUGAUGAGAGCAGUUGCGGUGCCGGAACUGCCUCGUGUGCACCUGGUGAAUGGCAGUGUGGCGGUGGAGGCCCUUGCCUGCCCUUGGAGCAGCUCUGCGAUGACUACCUGGACUGCCUGGACAUUUCCUACGAACUGGCUGCGGCUUGUGAGAACCAGACAGCCCAGGCCAAAGUGCCCCUCCCUUCCCCUGCCUGCUCUGAAGAGGAGUUCCAGUGUGCUCCAGGGGCUUACUGUUUCCCCCUGGAGUGGUGGUGUGAUGGCCAUCCAGAUUGUGUCAGCCAGCUGGAUGAACAGAACUGCAGUUUGAAUUUGCCGGCAUCUUCAGUGGCAACUAAGAUUGAAAGCAAGAGGCCUACUGCAAAGGCUUAUCGGGAGAUUCUCAAGGAUCCAGUCAAUUUGGCAGCAAUUGCUGUUGUGGCACUGCUGAUUGCAACAGUGGUUGGUGUCGCUGUCGCCCUGUGGAAGCCCAGGGGAGCAAAGCGUGGCUCCUCCAGCUACAAGUUGGCAGAGCCAUUCCCAGCAUGAGUGGAUGUGAAGAUUCUCCUCCCAGAGUGUCUGAUGCCGUUCCCUCACAUGGAAUGUCUUCCACCUGAAUCACAUGGAGUCUCCAGUCCUAGGUCUUCACUCUUGCUUCCCGAGCAACCGUCUCCACUGAAAAUGUCUUUCCACCCAGGGCAAACUACCCUGUUACCAGCUGUCUACACUAGAAGGGGCAUUCAGAAGUUUCAAGGGAGUGGGAAAUGGGGGAAGGGGGGACAGCAGGGGGAGGUGCCCAAGUGGACCCAAUUCUCCUGCAGCGGGAACCCUCACCCCCCCUCUCCUUUUGAUCCAUAAAUUCUGUGUUCCUUUCUCAUUUCAGUUUUUGGUUCUAGCAUUUCUUGGAAGAAUCUCCUUGGAGUUAUUUUUUUUAAGCAUUCUUUUUUAAAAUUUUCAGUAGCAUUCCCAUUUUUGCCCUCUCAGAUGCCCAGUAAAUGGAGGGUCUUAGCUCGCCUAUGGCUAGACACCCCCUUCCCCGUGUAACGUUUUAUUUAUUAUUUCUCAGCUAGCUGUGUGCCUUUGAAUGUCUGACUACUGUAUCAGUGAUGAACAGGAAGACAUCACCUUGAGGUUUUCAAGGUGUUCGGGUUUUGAUCUCAGCCAAGGUGAAACUCCAAGUCUUAAAUGACUUCCAAGACUGCCCACCCUGGCCACGUUAAGCAGAUCACGUCUGAGGUCCUACAUCAGCCCCUCUUUAUUGCACUCCAGGUUCCUUUUGGAGCCAGCUGUCCACGGGAAAACGAUUUGCCCCUUUUGCAGGUACAACGGCAGUGUGUCCUUUUUGCCUGUACGAAAUAAACUUCCUUUUAUUAUCCAUCGCCUUGGAGACCUGUGAAUGUCACUACGGAUAUUUUAAUAUAUCUUUCUCCUCUGCAUGCAAGCUUUGGGCAGCAGGGGGAACUGUGAUGACCUUUGGAAGCAAUAAAAAUACACGACUGAA